GAUAAUAAUAAUAACAAUAAUAAUAAUAAUAAUAUUGUUGAGUGUAUCUGCAGUGUUCUAGUACAUAUAUUAAUCUUUUAACACAAAACUAAAAUUAUGAAUGUGUUUUAACAAUAUGAACUUUAUUAGUGCUCAUAAGUAGAAAAAGUUUUGCCUAAAUAAAUCUUAACAUGGGAAUAUGUUCAUAAGGAAAACCAUGUGUUCAGUGUUCAAAAUAGUUAAAAAAAAUCAUAAAGUAGACUUGUGAGAACAUAAGGAAGAUUAACUAUAAAACUGUUGUAUGACUAAAAUAUUUUAAAUGAAAUACCUUCAUUUAAAAAAUAUGGGAAAACAUAAAGAACACAAACCAUAUGAAUGUUCUGAGUGUCUGAAAUGUUUUAGUAAAAAAAGGCAUCUUGUGUCACAUGCGAGAGUACAUACAGGAGAUAAACCAUAUCAAUGCAAUGAGUGUCUGAAAUGUUUUAGUGUAAAAGGCAGUCUUGUGAAACAUAUGAGACAACAUACAGGAAAUAAACCAUAUCAAUGUUCUGAGUGUCUGAAAUGUUUUAGUGAAAAAAGCAAUCUUGUGAAACAUAUUAGAGUACAUACAGGAGAUAAACCAUAUCAAUGUUCUGAGUGUCUGAAAUGUUUUAGUAAAAACAGUAAUCUUGAGACACAUGCGAGAGUACAUACAGGAGAUAAACCAUAUCAUUGUGCUGAGUGUCUGAAAUGUUUUAGUCAUAAAAGCAGUCUUGUGGCACACAUGAGAGUACAUACAGGAGAUAAACCAUAUCAAUGUUCUGAGUGUCUGAAAUGUUUUAAUAAAAAAAGCAGUCUUGUGACACACAUGAGAGUACAUACAGGAGAUAAACCAUAUCAAUGUUCUGAGUGUCUGAAAUGUUUUAAUCAAAAAAGCAAUCUUGUGAACCAUAUUAGAGUACAUACAGGAGAUAAACCAUAUCAGUGUUCUGAGUGUCUGAAAUGUUUUAAUCAUACAGGCAGUCUUGUGACACACAUGAGACUACAUACAGGAGAUAAACCAUAUCAAUGUUCUGAGUGUCUGAAAUGCUUUAAUAAAAAAUGCAAUCUUGUGACACACAUGAGAGUACAUACAGGAGAUAAACCAUAUCAAUGUUCUGAGUGUCUGAAAUGUUUUAGUCAAACAAGCACUCUUGUGACACACAUGAGAGUACAUACAGGAGAUAAACCAUAUCAAUGUUCUCAGUGUCUGAAAUGUUUUAAGCAAAAAAGUAGUCUUGUGACACACAUGAGAGUACAUACAGGAGAUAAACCAUAUCAAUGUUCUGAGUGUCUGAAAUGUUUUAAUAAAAAAUGCAGUCUUGUGACACACAUGAGAGUACAUACAGGAGAUAAACCAUAUCAAUGUUCUCAGUGUCUGAAAUGUUUUAAUCAAAAAGGUAGUCUUGUGACACACAUGAGAGUACAUACAGGAGAUAAACCAUAUCAAUGUUCUGAGUGUCUGAAAUGUUUUAAUCAAAAAUGCAGGCUUGUGACACACAUGAGAGUACAUACAGGAGAUAAACCAUAUCAAUGUUCUCAGUGUUUGAAAUGUUUUACUAUAAAAAGAAGUCUUAUAAGACACAUGAGGCUACAUACAGGAGAUUAACCAUAUCAGUGUUCUGAGUGUCUGAAAUGCUUUAAUAAAAAAUGCAAUCUUGUGACACACAUGAGAGUACAUAAGAACAUAAGAAAGAAUGAACACUGCAACAGGCCUACUGACCCAUGCAAAGCAGGUCCAUGUCCCCCCCCCCAGAUUAGACCAAUGACCCACCCCCCGGAUUAUCCCAAUGACCCACCCAGUCUGGUCAUCCCCACUCAAGGAUAGAGCACUGUACCAGACACAGCAGCAAAACUAGUCAGGUCCAUCUCACACCCACUCAUGUAUUUAUCUAACUUAUUUUUAAAACUACACAAUGUUUUAUCCUCAAUAACUGUACUCUGGAGCUUGUUCCACUCAUCCACAACUCUAUUACCAAACCAGUGUUUUUCUAUAUCCUUCCUGAAUCUGAAUUUUUCCAACUUGAAACCAUUGCUGUGAGUCCUGUCUUAGCUGGAAAUUUUCAGCACACUAUUUACAUCCCCUUUAUUUAUUCCUGUUUUCCAUUUAUACACCUCGAUCAUAUCCCCCCUAAUUCUAUGCCUUUCGAGAGAGUGCAGAUUCAGGGCCCUCAGGCUAUCCUCAUAGGAAAGAUUUCUGAUACAUGGGAUCAUCUUUGUCAUCCUCCUUUGUACGUUCUCCAGAGCAUUUAUAUCCAUUCUGUAAUACGGUGACCAGAACUGAGCAGCAUAGAUAAACCAUAUCAAUGUUCUGAGUGUCUGAAAUGUUUUAAUCAAAAAAGCAGUCUUGUGUCACUCAUGAGAGUACAUACAGGAGAUAAACCAUAUCAAUGUUCUGAGUGUCUGAAAUGUUUUAAUCAAAAAAGCAGUCUUGUGACACACAUGAGAGUACAUACAGUGGAUAAACCAUAUCAAUGUUCUGAGUGUCUGAAAUUUUUUAAUCAAAAAAACAAUCUUGUGAGACAUACUCAAGUUCAUUCAAGAGAUGAAACAUGUUAGUGUUUAAUAUUUCAGAAAUAUUUUAGUUAUAAACUCAUCAGAAUAUAUAAAAGGGAUAUACCAUAACAGUUGUGGAAAAUAUUUUAAUUUUCUGAAGCUAUAGUGCCUAAUAGGUGUUUAAUGUGUUGAUUUGGGUCAAAAAUGUAAUUGUAUUUUGAAUAGAACCAACCGGGUUCGCCCUGUGCCUGUGCGGAUGUGCGGGGGAACAGGUCGGCUCAGGGCAUCAAGAAGCGGGAGUGUUUUGAAUGGACUUAAGAGACUGUGAAAACAUGGGACCAGGAAAUUGGCAUUCACAGCAGCCCAAGGAUUAAUAUAGGCCUCACUUCAGAAUAGGAAGUGUCAUAACUGUUCCUGGUGAAGAGUGAGGGCAUGCGAUUUACGGGACCACCAUAAUAAAGUGGUAAGAUGAGUGAAUAAUGGUAGGACCGGGGGUGCCUGGCACAUCGCCAUGGAGUGUGUCCCGGGUUAACAUACCCAUGGGUUAAUCAUCGCUCAUCGGUCUCAGAUCUUAAUGGAGUGGCCUCCAAUGUGUAUAAUAAUUAUGAGACAUUAAACCGUAUGGUGGGCUAAGAAGUAAUCAGUGAUAAUAACACCAAGUUAAGAGAACGUGUGAAGUGAAAUAAGUCGCCUUGCUCCGAGUGAACACACUAGACCACGUUGUUCCCGUCUCGAGGAUAGUGAAGUUUUUAUGGAGUCACGACUUCUAAACCCGGACAAACCAACAGAUACCUCGUCCUGCUGGUGUUGGUGUAGCAGGACAUCGAAAUGAGAUGGUGAAUGGAGGAAAUAAGGAGCAUCAAUCAACCACAGUUAAGUAACCCUUCUAGUUAUAGCAGACUGAUACUGGCCAGUUAGGUAUGUUGUAAUUGGAUAGGUUAUGGGUGAUUCAGCUACAUCAAGUGACCACCAGAGAAUAUCUGGUAAGUGGUGGGAUUAUGUACAAGUGUUUUUCCUCGAUGGAUAUAUCCAUGUGUAACCUCCCCCCCUUCAUUCAGUUAAACUAAUGUAAUCUAUACAGUCCACAAUUAAUUAGUAGUGCCUGUCAUGCCCCUAUGGUUAACCUUUCUUUAAUAUUACAUUGCGGUUAUUUCCUUUAAUAGCUAAAUUGGAAAUGAACGUCCUUGUAUUAUUAAGGCUAAUUCUUAUUAACAAUUAUUAUAAUUUAUGUAACAUGGCAAUGAUAAGUUUAAUUGGAGGUAUAGUAAGAUGCCUGCCACCCGGUGUGCUGGUGUAUGGUUAGCUGUGAUGUUCGAUGGUUAUACCUCCCUUCCCCCCCUUUAUGUUCAAUUACUCUACUGAGUGUUGGUGAGUCACGUCACGUGACCCACUUGACCUGUAUGCUCAAG